AUGGGGAUUUGCAAAAUUCUCGCCCUAGUUGUCUCCGUCAUUGUCCUCUACUCCGUCCAGGCUACAGCACAAGGGGACUCUACUCCGAUUGCGGGCUGCUUACAAAAGCUGCUGCCGUGUCAGCCAUACUUACAUUCGGUGAAUCCGCCACCUCCGGCGACGUGUUGCGGGCCGAUGAAACAGCUCGUGGAGAAAGACGCGCAGUGUCUAUGCACCGUUUUCAACAACCCAACGAUCCUUAAAACCCUAAACCUCACCAAAGAAAACGCUCUUGAUCUUCCCAAAGCCUGUGGAGUUAAUCCUGACGCCGUCUCAGUCUGUAGCAAAGUCACUUCUUCUUCACCAGUUGCGGCGCCUGGACCAACAACCAACGGUGGUUCUUCCGUUCCAGCUAUCAGCUUCAUCGGACUUAGCUUUGUGUAUGCUUUGGUGGCAACAAUCUUUUGA